AUGAGCCUCUCCUGCCCGAUUCCGUCCCAAAUCGAUGCGGUGGCUGGGCUCGAUGGUGCCACUUGCACGGCAAGUGCCGACUUGGAGAUGGCCCUGACAAGCUUGUUCUCGGAGGUUGGCUCCGUCGUUCACAUUCCUGAUUCGAGGGGCGGCGAGCCCCUCCUGGCGCUCCUUCGCCGCCGAGCAAGCUCGGAGAUCUCACUCGCCGGCACUGAUUUCAGCGGCCUCUACAAGGCCGAUCUCGGCAUGGAGGCUCUGCGGAAGCUUCGGCAAGACGCAGGAAUGGCAGAAUUUGCCUGGAGGACAUUUCUGCAGCUGCUUUCGUCGGCUUUGUCUGGUCAGGAAGGUUGCUCCACAGCAGCCAGCAGCUGUGCUGCGGGGAAACGGUUGGAGCUGCGCUUUCGCCUCGAGAGUGCCGUGCUCGCGACACACCUGGACCUGGAGGCGAUUGCGUCCAUGCCGUCGUCGACAGAGGCACAAGGCUUCUUGAAGGGCCUCCGCGGCUUCGUUCUUGAUGCCCUUGCUGCAGAGUCGUCUGCGGAAGCGGCAAAGACGUCGACAUCAUCGACCCGCUUCCCCGGCCCAAUGCCAAGUCUGUCGCAGGACCCACUUCUUACAAGAGCUGCAAGCGAGCCGCCACCAACUGCGUCAAUGACGCUCUCUAGGCCGCCAGCUGCCACCCCGCCAAAGAAGCGAGCGGCUGGUUCGCUGGUUGACCCGCACAGGCCAAGCGAGCUGGCGGCAAGCCCUUUCAGCUUUCAGCAGGUUGAGACCGUCUGCAGGCAUGGCGGGAACGCAUGGGCUUUGCGUUCGUGCACGUGUGCGAGGUGCGGCGGAGUUCAGGCUUUGUGCCGCAGACAGGGCUCAAGCUCCAACUCGUUGGAUCGAUGCCCUGUUUCCGUAUCUGCCAACAACGUAGCUUCCUCCACGUGUGGUCUGCUCCCUCUUCGCAGGUGCCCUGUAGCAAACUCCAUGGCUCUGUACACGACGCAGCAGCUGCUGCUGUCUGUUUGGGACGAGGUAUAUGUCGAAGCCGUGCUGUUGCUGUGCUUCUGCUUCGGCUUUUUCCUCAUCCGAAUUGCCCAGCGGAAGCUGGUCCGUCCGUUUAGCGAAAUGAAAUCCUCGUCGAAAGGCGAAGCCGACAAGUGUCGGACGCCGAAGGCCAGUCAGAGGUCUGACAGCCCACUUCAACCUCUGCCCCAACUCCUGCGGACCGCCUUGGACGAGCAGAACGCGAACGUGGCAGCCGAGGCCGCGAGCGCCCUGCUAUCAGCUGCGUCUCCGCCCCCUCCGUCGGACUUGGCCUCGCUCUUCGAGCUGCUCCGCCGAAGCCGCGGCCCCGAGGGCGCUGCGAAGAUGCUGAAGAGAUUGCCUCAAGGCGCUCUGACGAUCCGUUCGAUUACAGUGCUGGCACAGGGCCUCCGUGCAAACAUGCGCAUCGCUGGGCUCAUCGUGAAGUUGCAUGUGCAUUGCACGUUCUUUGCGCCAUUCCUCACAUACAAGAGAGGCUCUUUGCGGAAAUGGCGGAAGUGUCAGCACUGUCAAGGCAGCGGCGCCAUUCUGCAGCCAUUUCCUCUGGGCGGCAAGGUUUUCAAUUUCAAGGUCGUUUGCCCGGAGUGUGGUGGGGCCUGCUGGACCGUUCUUUGCACAAGCUGCAAAGGAAAAGGAAAGACCGGUCGAACCUUGAACCUGUCCUUCGGCGGAAUCGGUUUCCCGUUUGAUGUUGAAGAGAAGUGCAACCAAUGCUACGGCUGGGGAAAGUUGGCGGCAGCCCGCCACGACCCGGUAAAGCGCAAGCGUGUUGACGACAUGACAGCGCUUGAAAUGCGCGAUGAGCUUCGGAAGAUGCGCCGAAAGGUUGGUGGUACCAAAGCCGAGCUGAAAGAGAGGUUGCAGCAGGUUUUCGAAACCAACGAUCGGGGCUGGGCCAUGCGAUGCGUUCCUGAGGUGUCUUCAGGGACGUACCUUGAGAGCGGCACCUUCCGAGACGUCUUCCUGGUGACCUUCACCAAGGGGCCGCGCAAGAACCUGAAAGGUGUUUACAAGGUCUUCAAGGACGCCAAGACAGAGUCCCUCAUCGAAGAAGAUCUUCAGGCCGUUGCGGAAGCCGGUCGCAUCAUCGAGGCCUUUAACCAGUACAAUGAGGAACAUUGCCGCCAGCGCGGCCAGCCUGCUCGACGCAGAGUGUACCUGAACCAGCCCGAGGUGUGGACAUGCGGAGAUCGCAAGGUUCUCGUGGAACCUCUGAUCGACGGCACAUAUGCAAAGUUCAACUCCAACAGCGGUUGGGUGAAUGAAGGCUACAACAUGAUGCAGGCUUUGUCUCACUUCUCAUUCCACUUCUCUGAGGGGCAGCGUCUCCUUUGCGAUCUGCAGGGGGGUGGCUACGACACGCAUUACAUCCUCACCGACCCUGCGGUGCUCUCUGUCCAGAAGGAAUUUGGGGCCACCGAUGGUGGCUUGCGGAUGAUGCAGAACUUCUUUGCUUACCACCUCUGCAACGAAUAUUGUGAUUCAUCAUGGCUGCGGCUGAAGAAGCCUCGUGUCUGUGCCCCUGUGCGGUCGGGCACCUCCUUCUUCCCUCGAGGCACAGGGCGUUCCACGGCCGUGGAUGCCUUCCGCAACAAGCAGUUCCAGCGCUUUGUGCUAAAGUACGGGCCAUGGGGUGGUGAAGUGCUUUGGGCCCUGCUGCGUGGCUUCGCCAACUGUGGUGAUGCAGCCGGUCAUCGCGAGGCCGCCGAGACACUCCUCUCGAACCUCUGCCCCUCGGAGGCCUUGCUGUGUGGCCUCCUGGCACUCUGUUCCACUUCCCAGGCUGUCCGCCUUGCAGAGCAGUUCGCCUCUUUCGGUGUGGCGAGGUACGGGCCCAGCCUGCCGCUCUACAGCUCACUGCUGAAAGUCUACAGCCAAUCCAAGCUCUGGGACAAAGCCUGCGAUCUCCACGCAGACUUCGAAAAAGCAGGCAUCGCACCAGACACUGCCACCUACGGGGCCUUGAUCAAGGCCGCAGUAGAGGGCGGCCGCCAAUCCUUGGCGAGGCACUUGUUCCAGGAGUCCAAAAACCCGGAUGUCAUGAAUGUGAUGUCCAUGAUCCGCUCGGCUGGCCGGGACCGGGACGUCGCAAAGGCUUUGAGCCUUCUGGCGGAGCUUCAGAGAACGUCGGAACUCGAUGCGACCACCUACAACUGCGCAUUGGAGGCCUGUGUUGCUUGUGGGGACAGAAAGGCCGCCGAAGAUCUCAUGCAGAAGAUGACGAAAGCGGGUCACGUCGAUGUCGUGUCGUACAACACGUACAUGAAGCUGCUGCUUGCUAUGCAAGACCACACCCAGGUCAAAAUCACGCUGGAGGACAUGCGCAGCAGGGGAAUUAAGCCCAAUGUGGUGACCUACAACUCGCUCAUCAAGGCCUCACAACAGAAUCCACGGCAAUCUUGGCGGCUGGUGCAGGAGAUGCAACGGGCGGGCCUGGAGCCAGAUGCCUUCACCUGCUCGAUCUUGGCAGCAGGACUGCGACACUCUCCGACGUCGCAGGACCUGGACCAGAUCCUGGAGCUGAUGUCCAAAGGUGGGAUCGUGCUGGACGAAGUGUUGCUGAACUGCCUAUUGGAUGUCUGCAUCCGGCUGAAGGACCUUUCGAGACUACCGGAACUGCUGAGACGCUGGGAAACGACGGGACUGGCACCCUCGCCUCAUGCCAGCGUGAUGCUGAUGCGCGCCCACGGGCAUGCAAGGAACUUGCCCGAGGCCUGGCGUCUCUGGCGGCGGCUGCUUGAUGACACGGAGCUGACGGAGGAUGCCUUCAUGAGCAUGGUUGAUGCUUGCUUGGCGACCUCCGACGUCAAGGCGGCUUUGCGCGUCUUCAAGGAAUCACGGGCACUCCUUGCCGGCUUCCCAAGAGCUGCCGUGGCCUUCGCGCUGGCUGUGAAGGCUGCGACUGCGUCCCAGCAGCUGGCCGCUGCCGUGGAGCUCUACGAAGAGACCAAGGGUGCACUGCGACUCACUGCCGUCACGUACAACACCUUGAUAGAUGCAUUGGUUCGUGCAGGAGAUCUCAAGCGAGCCAUGCAGCUGUUUCGGGAUAUGGCGUGCCAGGAUACAGGGCCCGAUCUCAUCAGCUUCUCCAUCCUCAUCAAAGGCUUUGCGAGCUCCGGAGACCUCGAGACAGCGAUCCUGCUUCUGGGCCAGAUGCAGGGCCAAGGGAUUCAGCCAGACUCGAUACUCUUCAACUCCAUUCUGCAUGGCUGUGCUCGGAGUCAGAGGCGUGCUCUAACGGAAGAGGUCCUGGCUGACAUGGAGAAAGCCGGGGUUGCGCCCUCCAACUUCACAGUCUCUAUUCUCGUGAAGCUGUACGGCCGCUGUGGAGAUCUGCCGGCGGCUUUGGAGGUUAUUGAGGAUUAUCCGAAGCGCUUCGGAUUCCGGCUUAAUACGCAGGCCUACACCUGCCUGAUGUCCACGUGUAUUUGGAGUGGCGACUUACCCAAAGCCUUGGACGCGUACCAGCGCAUGCUCGAGGAUGGCGUUGAAGCAGAUGGGAAAACCUUCGAGACGCUGCUGAGUGGCUGUGUGAAGUACGGAGAGGCGAUCAGGGCCUCGCAGGUUCUGGCCGACGCCCUCAGCUGCUCAGUUCGCCUGAACCGAGAAACCCUCGAGUCGGCCGUGGUCAUGGCCCACAACCGCAACCCCGACGCUGCUUCUGAGAUGAUCAGCCGCAUGACACAGGCUGGACUCCAGCCGUCUGGUCGUCUGGUCGCCACCAUGGCCAGGGAGCCCUGCAGUGUGCGGGGCGGCCGGCACAACACACGGGGAUGGAAGAAGAUGCCCGGCCGAAUUCCCAAAAGGCAUAAUUAG